AUGCAGAAGCACAUCAAGUCAGAUUCCGUGGCAGCUUCAAGAGAUGCCUCCCAUUAUGAUACAUCGAACGUUACCCGGGACCCGUUGGCCUUCUGGAAGGACCUGCGUGUAAGGGCGGUGAAUUCUUUUGUCUCGAAUGCCGCAGAGGCCUCAACUAAAUCGAUAGCGACUUCUAUAUCAGUAACGGGCCAAUGGAAUGGCAUCAAGCAACCUGCCUACGGACAUGUGGACGCUCCGGGAGAUUCAAACUCGACUGACGUAUCAGAUAUCGGUCGCCGCGCCGUUAAAGACCAGACAGCAGCGCUGUCCCCUCAUGCUUUGGAGGAAACAAGCCCUUGGGAAGAUAGCAAUCCUUGGGAGGAGGCAGUUCUCGAGAAGGAAACACGUACCUCAGAAGAAACUCAUCUUGAUGAUGAGGCGGAUCUCGAGGAGGAAUUUCUUAACACUCUUACCGAGUCUUUGCCUCACAUCAGACAUGGCGGCUACGUGAAUACCAAUUCUUUGUCACGAAUCCUGCAAAAAUAUUUGUUGGCAUUGAGGUCGCAAACCCCAAGUACGAAUACGGAUAUACAAGAGUUGGCUGGACUAUCUAAUAUUUUCGAUACGGAGACGCUCCGGACUCUGUCCAAAAAAGGUUAUUUCCCAGAAGAUGUCGCGGCCUGGGCUUGGAUUCUUGCUCCUAAGGGGUCGUCUAGAGCUGCGAUGAGGCUUUUUCUUUGGGAUAGUCGUAACUCGGUCCGACGACGAACACCACUGUUUGUUCUGAAAAUUCUUCUUCAUCGGCCUCAUCUUGAUGUGCGAGCGUACCGGAUACUUCUUUCUUAUUCCUUGUCUUAUCUCCUUCGGCAACCCAUCAACUCAACGAUAUUGGAGGGGGACUCGACUGUCGCAAGUACUCAGUUUGAGUCUGAUGUUGCCACAUUAACUUCUAAGGAAGCUGGUCCUUUAGUAACGAUCUUGCUGAAAAGAGCCCGUGAAAUGCUGCCGGCGGCGCAAUUCAAUAUUGCUCAGGCCUACGCCUUCUAUCUCAUUCAUUUACUUCCCCUCAGUGAAUCAAAACGAAUGGUCUGGGAAAUUAAUAGACUCCGAGCUGAGGGUUUCAAUAAGUGCCUCAGACUAUUGGGGAUACCUUCAAGGGUACAGCCAUACAUAUCUGCAUCUAUCCAGCAACAAGCACAAUUCGAAUUACUGAAAGCCAUGGCUGCCCACAACCCUGUCAUACCAGUCAGCCGCCUAGGUUAUCAGGCCAUUAUGGCAGUACAACUUGCACAUGUAAAGACCCCGGCAGAAAGGAUAUUUGCCGAACAAAAGGCACUUUCUUGGCCUCCAUGGAAAGAAGCUCGGAUGGGUAUUGACUCAGAACGUGGCAACGAGGGCAUGUAUAGUCGCGCAAUGCAAGUGUUGUCUCAGAUGACAGAAGCUGGCUAUGGUCGCUCUUCCUGGGAUGACGUAGCUGCAAUUCUUGCGGGCUGGGACACAGAUGGCACUCCCACAAUCCAGACGCGGAGUCUGGCGAGGCCACAAAAGUCAUUGGGAUCUGGUAUUAAAGAGUCCAAGGUAGUUUCGACGAUUUGGGCAAGUCGAAUACGUGCAACUCGCACAUUACGGGAGGCCUGGGCGUGUUUUCUAUCGUAUGAGAGUCGCUGUUCUAUUCCCAGUGAACCAGUCUACCAUGCAAUGGCCCGAAAGUUGAUUUAUAAGAAGGAAAGUCACUGUAUAACCACUAAGAAUGGGCCCCUUCCAGGAGAUGGGUUCGAGGUCUAUCCGGAGCCUAGCUCAGCUCGCGACGUGACGUAUGUCCCUACAGAGCCGCCCACACUUGAAGCAUUACUUGAGCGAAUGAUAUUGCAAGGGAUCUUACCGGGACCUGAUUUCGUUGCUCUGUUGCUACGGUUUUCUCCGAACUUUUCAACGGGAUUGAGAUACAUAGCUGCUUUCUUGAGCCCAAAACAAACGAAAGCAAUAAGUACUCUUUAUGUUGGGGACCUUGAGGAGGAGAAUUUCGAAACUUUGAAAGCAAUGAAACCCAGCCUCUUCGACUCAAUUAUUGCAUUUUUUUGUGCCCAGUCGCAAUUGCCAUGUCCCGGACAUCGCUUUCGUAAAGCAGAUCUUUUCCCAAUCCUAACACAGCGACCGUCGCAGCUCGUGGUCGAUACGAGCACAUUCUUCUCCGAUGAAGAUGUCCUACGGGAAGGUAACGGGAAUGGCCAUCCACAAACAUUAUCGCACGCCGUUGAACUCUUACAUGUGACGCGGCCGCGGCGGGUGACAGCAUGGUUACCGUUGCUUAGGGCUUUGGCUUCACCAAGGGGACCAACGGAAGAAAGAUUGGUCAAACCACAUGUUCAUUGGUACUUCGCUUGGUACGAGGCAAAUGAAUUGAUUCGUUGGAUGCAGGAGCUGGAACUUGAGCCUGGGAUGGAGGGGUUCAUUGUCCUCUGUCAAGUUUUUGCGCAAGCAGUCGGUGUCGGAAUUCAAAGUGUUCACGCAGCCGACGAAAGCUUGCACUUGGCACACAGAACUAAAAGACACAAUGACGAGUUGUACGUCAGCAUUCCAACUGACUUCGAGUCAUUUGUUCACCAGGGCAUUCGAGUCUUAAAGUCUUAUUUUGAUCGCCUUGUGCUCCCGUUUCACCCUAUGCUGGACUCCAGUCCUAGCCUGAAUACCAGCGAGCCAGAAUUGAAUGCGCAGCUUGGAUCCCAUGUGCCGGAUAUGGUUCAGGUUCCUACUCCUUCUGCAUUGCAUGUCUUCAUCAGAGCUCUCGGAACUGCUGAAGACCACGAUGGCAUUCUUAAUCUGCUUGAGUGGAUGAGUCGGUAUGCGUCAGAAAUCGCCGAAGCAUCUGAUCAACGUCGGGGUGGUAGAAGAAUGUUGCGGCGCACGUUGACUGCUGUCAGAGUAUUCCUUGAAGAUUUGAAUGAGCUCAAGAUACCUCAGCGCGAACCGGAGUCUACAGUGGGUCGAAAGGCACCUCUCGAUUCUUAUUAUCAUAUCGGCGAGGAACAAGAAGUCAAAUCAGAGUCUCGCCCGAUAUUCAGCGACGGCCGGGUUGAAGAGGCGUACGACCUUAUUGAGAGUACGGCAGUCUGGGGACCAUGGCCCUCGGACGAUGAGGUCCGAGCAUACGUUGCACGGUAUAUGCAUCCUGAUAUAUAGGAUUCGGUUUUGGCUCUUUAUUCACUGUAGAUAUUUGAUAUACAUUUGGGCGCUAGAGAUACCAUAUUAUAGAGAUUGGUUUGUGUACAAAUAAUGAAUUUUUCCUUAUC